AUGGGGCAAUGUUUUGGAAAACCAACUAAAGGGUCUGGUGGUCCAGGUAGUCUACCUGGAGGAUCCAGCACAGCUGGAUCACAAGUUGGUUCAACAGCACCAUGUAAUGGUGGCUCUGCACAACAUGCCAGAGCAGGCUCACUACCGAGCCGGUCGUUGUCAGGAGCUCCUAUUAACGGUGCUCUUGGCAACGGAUCUACGGGAAAUAGUGACGGAACAUCGCGCGGACAACCAUCUACUUUUGUUGCACUUUUCGACUACGACGCAAGAACAGCUGACGAUCUCAGUUUCAAGAAAGGAGAUAUAUUGGAGUUGUUAAACGAUAUGGUAGGCGACUGGUGGUUCGCACGUCAUCGAGCCACCGGACGGACAGGAUAUAUCCCAAGCAACUAUGUAGCCAAAGAGAAUAGUAAUGAAAGUCAGCCAUGGUUUUUCGGUAAAAUGCGAAGAAUCGAUGCUGAAAAAGCUUUAUGUUUGACUCCAAAUGAGCAUGGAGCUUUCUUAGUGAGAGAUUCAGAAAGUCGAGGAAAUGAACUUUCGUUAUCUGUACGGGUUGGAGAGGAAGUAAAACAUUAUCGUAUUCGACAGCUCGAUCAGGGAGGCUUCUUCAUCGCUCGCAGAUGUGCUUUCGGCUCUCUAUGCGAACUGGUUGAACAUUAUACUCGGGACGCUGAUGGACUGUGUGUAGCUUUAGCCCAGCCCUGCUUAAAACCUGACGCUCCGCAAACUCCAACGUUCACAUAUGAUGAUCAAUGGGAAGUUGACAGGCGCUCUAUACGUUUAAUUCGUCAAAUCGGAGCUGGACAAUUUGGAGAGGUCUGGGAAGGUCGUUGGAAUACAAAUGUUCCUGUCGCAGUUAAAAAACUUCGUCCAGGAUCUGCAGACCCAGUGGACUUCUUGGCUGAAGCACAAAUAAUGAAAAAAUUGAGGCAUCCGAAACUUCUUCAACUAUACGCCGUUUGUACAAAAGAGCAACCUAUUUUAAUCGUUACGGAGCUGAUGCAAGAAAAUCUUUUGCAUUUUCUACAAGUAAAAGGACGUCAAUGUCCUGUUCCCCAAUUAGUGGAGGUCGCAGCGCAAGUUGCUUCUGGGAUGUCUUAUUUAGAAGAAAAGAAUUUCAUCCACAGAGAUCUUGCCGCCAGAAACAUUCUAGUCAACAACAGCUUUAACGUAAAAAUUGCCGAUUUCGGAUUAGCCCGUUUAUUAAUGAAGGAAGAUGAAUAUGAAGCCCGGCCUGGUGCGAGGUUCCCAAUCAAGUGGACAGCGCCCGAAGCAGCAAACUACAAUCGUUUCACAACGAAGUCAGACGUUUGGAGUUUUGGAAUUUUACUGACCGAAAUAGUGACAUAUGGUCGAACGCCUUACGCAGGGAUGACGAACAUCGAAGUGUUACAAAAAUUAGAUACUGGUUGGAGGAUGUCAUGUCCGACAGGUUGCCCACCAGCUCUCUAUGAAAUCAUGAUGCAGUGUUGGAGAUCUGACCCGGAAAAACGACCGACGUUUGAAACUUUGCAAUGGAAAUUGGAAGAUUUAUUCAAUCUUGACGGAUCAGAUUACAAAGAAGCAUCUUUAAACUAUUGA